GCCGAUGUGUGUAGGCUAUGUAGCAUAGUUAUAUCUUUUUGAGUUAAACUGGCCUGCAACUGCUCUAUAUAAUGAAUAAUUCUUAAUUUUUCUGUUAUAAUGAGUUUUCAAUGUGUUCACUGAAUAAAGAAAUACUGUGAUAAAAUAAUACAAAUAGAUACCGUAGUAUUCACAGCAUCACAAAAAAAAUACGAUUAUAAAUCCCUUUGAUAAACAUACCUUUAGCAAAAGUGAUUUUAUCAGUGUGUAAAUUAAAAUUGACAUGUACCUAGAUACACAAGAAACCAUUUCCUAGUGUUUAAAAAAGUGAAUGCCCAUAGAGUUUGAAAUCCAUAGGGCGCGGUUGUCUUUAUUAGGUAUAAUUUAGCCUGCAGAUAGAAUAGUUUUAUGAUAUAGGAUACCUAGAGUGUAAAUCAGUAGUUGAAUGUCUGUAUUUUCCAAGGUCCACCUUCUUCUAAUCGUGGCACUUUGUGAUUAUGGAUUCUUCAGCUGAACAUUGGGACCCAGCACUCACUCGCCUGCUUGCAUCAUUGAAAGAAGUACAGUCUGGUGGAGAAGAUGUUGCAUUUCUCAGUGAACUGCUGCAGUCUAAACAGCUCCAUGCUCUAGUCCAAGUACAUAACAAAAUAGUAGCCAAAGGCAAAGAUGAUAAAUUCUAUCCUAUUCUCUCCAAUGCCAUGCAAGUUACUCUAGAAGUUUUUGAGCUACUCCAUGAAGUUGUAACAGUGUCAAAAGAAUACGGAGAACUUCUUAGCUUAUUGCAGAAACCACAUUUUCAAGCAAUAUUGUGCACACAUGACGCGGUCGCGCAAAAAGACUAUUAUCCGCAUUUACCAGAUAUCCCACCUGAACUUGAUGAUGAAGAGGAAACAGUGAAAAUCGUUCAAUUAGUUAAAAGUGACGAACCUUUGGGUGGAGCACAGAGUGCAGAGCCAAUAGUGGGCGCAACGAUAAAAACUGAUGAAGAGACCGGCAAAAUAGUGAUAGCUCGUGUAAUGCAUGGCGGUGCCGCCGACAGAUCUGGGUUGAUCCACGCCGGCGACGAAGUAAUCGAGGUCAACGGUAUCAGCGUAGAAAACAAGACGCCUGCCGACGUCUUGUCCAUACUGCAAAGCUCUGAAGGUACUAUUACCUUCAAAUUAGUGCCCUCUUUCGGUAAAGGAGGUUCGCGAGAGAGUAAAGUGAGAGUACGGGCGCUCUUCAAUUACAAUUCAUCAGAAGACCCGUACAUACCCUGUAAGGAGGCGGGGCUCGACUUCAAGAAAGGCGACGUUCUGCACAUCGUGUCCCAAGAUGACGCAUACUGGUGGCAAGCGCGAAGAGAAGGCGACAGGGUGAUGAGAGCAGGUUUGAUACCUUCGAGAGCACUUCAGGAAGGUCGUAUCAUACACGAAAGGCAAACGGAUCCACAAACUUUAGAAGGCAAGCCGGCUCUUUGCAGCUCCUCCAAUUCGAACUCGGACUGUGGUCCGAAGACCCCCUGCUCGCCCACACCGACGGCCACCGCACUUCUACCUUGCAAGUCUACACCUAAAGUGAAAAAGGUUAUAUAUGACAUUACAGAGAAUGAUGAUUUUGACCGCGAAAUAAUCCCCACGUACGAAGAGGUAGCGCGGUUAUACCCGCGUCCUGGGAUGGUCAGGCCGAUUGUGUUGGUAGGGGCACCCGGAGUGGGCAGGAAUGAGUUGCGCAGGAGGCUCAUAGCCACCGAUCCUGAAAAAUAUGUCACGCCUAUACCAUUUACGUCUCGACCUCCAAAAGCUAGCGAACAAAACGGCAAAGAUUACAUGUUUGUUAGUCGUGAAAAAAUGGAACAGGAUAUAGGUUAUGGAAAAUUUAUUGAGCAUGGCGAAUAUAAGGGAAACUUAUAUGGAACGUCGGAAGAGAGCGUUGAGUCUAUCAUAAAUUCUGGUCGCGUAUGCGUGCUCAGUCCGCACUGGCAGGCGUUGAAGAUGCUCCGCACGCCGCGGCUUCGGCCGUACAUUGUGUUCAUCAGACCGCCCCCGCUCGAACGCCUCGUCGAAACCAGGACCGCAGCCAAUGCACGCUCUUCCUUCGACAAAGAAUCUUCCAGGGCUUUUACGGAGAACGAGUUCUCGGAGAUGGUGCGGUCGUCGAAUCGCAUCAAUUUCUUGUACGGCUACAUGUUCGACGACGAGAUCGUCAACGAAGACCUGGCGGGGGCUCUGUCGCAGCUGCUCAAGGUCGUGUGGCGAGUGCAGUCUGAGCCACUGUGGGUGCCCGCCUCUUGGGUACAGUAAGCGUCUUCAUCUGUAUCUUUCACACGCUCCUUUCAUCGAUUAAUGAUCUGUUGUGCGAAAAACUUGACAUACAUAACUGUUUUCGAGGUCUAGUAAAACUACCAACAAAACAACGGUGGAGAUAUAACAUUUUUUGGUGUAGAUUCCUGUAAAUAACUGCUUUCUGCGUAAACACGCCUUAUCCUUGUCGUUAAGCCCGUUUGUACUAGUCAGGGAUGCCAAACUAUACGCAUUCCAUUUGUGACACGCGGAAAAUUAUUCCCAUAUGCAUGUAAUUAUACUUAAUCAUUUUAAUCAAUGUUUUUAGUUCUUAUAUGUGAGUACGUGCAAAUUUGUAUCUACCGACAAAGGUUCGCCAUACCUAGUACUAGUCAAAGUGGACCUCAAGUGUUUACUAUCAUUCAUUAGAAUAACCUUAUUGACAAUGUACAAGUGGACAAACUUAUGGAGUGUAUAUACAAUAAUAUGUAGGAUAAUAGCAUAAUUUAGCUCAUUCGUGUACAUGUUGUGUAUAUCUAUUUUGUUGUUGAAAAUACGAGUACAAUAUUUAGUUCAAUUUCUUUAGAAGUGGUUCCUUAUUAAAGAUGAAAAGCCUUAAAUAUAUUUUUGCUUAUUAGAUUUUUAUAUAUCAUAUAUAUAUGACGAAGAGGCUUCGCAAAAGAGUUAUGGUAUUUUAUUAACGUGAAUUUAUUAAAUGGAAAUGUUAAACGCAUAUCGUAGGGUUGUUUUGAGCAGCAAUAAGUUUUACUCAAGCAACUUUGGUUUUGCAAAUAAAUGUGUCGCAUAAGAACACUUGUUAACGAUUCUAAACUUUCUUAGUCGAAUUAAAGUAAUUGUACCUACUACAGCCUAAACGUAUUUCAGUUGUUUAGGAACUGCAUCUAUAGUCUUGUAAAUACGAAUUUAAUCUAUUCAAAUGCUACUUUUCCACUUAAAUAAGAACUUAUCUAUUGAAUUCAUAAGAAACGAUUCCCAAAAAUGUUUAGAUAAUUGCAACUUUUGAAAUUCCCACUAACUAACUAAACUUGAAAAAACAUCUACGAGUGUUAAUCGCUAUUUUCCGUUGCACAAGCUGUAUAUUUCUUGACUAGACUUGUAUAGUCAAAUCAAAUCCCUAAAUUGACUCGAAAUUAUCAAAAACUUUUUCAUUAAUUACAAAAUUAUUUCAAACCAUAUAAAACUACGAAAAAAAAAAACUAUCGUGUAAGUCCAGGCAGUACCCGCUCCAGUCCACCAUAAACGACCAUGCUUCCAGUAAAAUAGUAGCUUAUAAAUACAUUAACUUUAAAAUAAUAUGACAUAAUUAUACAUUUUAAACAUAACUUAUUUCACAAAAAAUAUUGAUUAUUUAUUUACAAAACUUGAACUAUUUAUAUUAUGUGGUCAUUAAAAUCUUUUUACAUUUAUUUCAUGUCAAUAUUGCAAAUUGUAUACCUACUACAGACCCCGUUUUGCAGACAAGUUGGAAUUUAUGAUUUUGAGUCUAGAGAUGCGAGCUCAGAUGUGUGACGGCACGCCACUGCGCGUGCACAUCCAUACAGCUUACUUCAGACUAUUCGUCAAAUUUGAUGGCAGUUCGCAAUUAUUUUCUGAGUGAUUCGUAAAGGAACUUGGUUGAAAUUAAAGAUGAUCUUGCUCGUAUGGGUUUAUUGAUGAGACUGACUUUUUACAUUUCUAUUUCUUUUCCUAAGUGACAAAAUGACAUUACAUCUUGAAGGUUCAAUACCUACAAUACAAACUUAUUUGAUAAUUGGAUGCUACUACUUCCCUAACAUACCGCCCACCAAGCCUAAAGGGCUAAAUAAAAUUAUACAUAACACAUUAAAAUGAUGAUCUAAUCCCUAACAUCUAAUCCUUAUCUAUAGCCAUUUAUUAAAAUUACGCUUCGUUUCACACUUGUUACUUCUAACAGCAUAAACAAGUGUGACCCCAUCUUCGCCGGGGUACUUGGCGACGAUCCGACCCAAAGCCCGUUUUCCUGGAGGUUAGAUAUACUAGUACAAGUGCUGUGGCCAGUAAUGCAGUGGAGGUUAUUCCCGCUCGGUAACACCCUUUCGUCAACAGUUCGUUCACAGUGUUGACGAACGCUACUUAUUAUUUUAGUGUAAAAUGGUUAUA